CCAAUAGGCUCGGCGGCGGGGUAAUUUUUGCGCAUGGCUUUUCCUCUCGCCUUCCCUCCAGCUGCUGUUACCGAGUUCAGUGUCCUAGGCUAGGGCGCGCGGAGCAAGGAUGGGACACCUGGGCGGGACGAGCCGUCGGGGUGCUGUUUGAUGAUCCAUAAAUGACACGGCACAUUUUCAUUGUUUGACAAAUCUGGAAAGAUUCAGCUUCGCAGUGUAUGGGUGUUGUGCCAAACUUUGACCAUGGCUCACCUGAGGGAAUUUGCCAAUCAGCACUCUCGGGUUGAUCCAGAGGAACUGUUUACCAAGCUGGAGAGAAUCGGUAAAGGCUCCUUUGGGGAGGUGUACAAAGGAAUUGAUAACCGCACUAAGGAGGUGGUAGCUAUCAAGAUAAUUGACCUGGAGGAAGCAGAAGAUGAGAUUGAAGACAUACAGCAGGAGAUAACUGUGCUCAGCCAGUGUGACAGCCCCUACAUUACACGUUACUAUGGUUCCUACUUGAAGGGCACGAAGUUGUGGAUAAUCAUGGAGUACUUGGGAGGUGGCUCAGCACUGGAUCUUCUUAAACCUGGCCCUUUAGAGGAGACAUAUAUUGCCACUAUCCUUCGAGAGAUUUUAAAGGGCUUAGACUACCUUCACUCUGAGAGGAAAAUCCACCGAGACAUCAAAGCUGCCAAUGUGCUGCUUUCGGAGCAAGGGGAUGUGAAACUAGCUGACUUUGGUGUGGCUGGCCAACUGACCGACACUCAGAUCAAAAGAAAUACCUUUGUUGGGACCCCGUUUUGGAUGGCACCCGAAGUCAUCAAGCAGUCAGCCUAUGACUUCAAGGCAGAUAUUUGGUCCCUUGGAAUUACUGCCAUUGAACUGGCAAAGGGAGAGCCUCCAAAUUCUGAUCUGCAUCCUAUGCGAGUUCUUUUCUUGAUCCCUAAAAAUAACCCUCCAACCCUGGAGGGUCACCAUAGUAAGCCCUUUAAGGAAUUUGUGGAAGCCUGCCUUAAUAAAGACCCUCGGUUUAGGCCCACUGCAAAAGAGUUACUAAAGCACAAAUUCAUCACACGUUAUACCAAAAAAACAUCAUUUCUUAUGGAGCUCAUUGACCGAUACAAGCGCUGGAAGUCUGAAGGGCAUGGCGAGGAUUCCAGUUCUGAUGACUCAGACAUUGAUGGAGAUGCAGAUGAGAAAGAUCAAGAACCCAUGUGGACUUUCCCACCAACUAUUCGCUGCAGUUCCUUGAACAAGCUGCACAAAGGGAUGUCACAUCCUGGAUCCCAGAAGCCUCCUGAGCCCAUCAAGCGACAGCCAAGGUCUCAGUGCCUUUCUACUCUCAUGCGGCCUGUCUUUGGUGAGCUCAAAGACAAGCACAAGCAGACUGGAGGCAAUGUAGGAGCCAUGGAAGAAUUGGAGAAUGCCUUUAGCUUGGCUGAAGAGUCUUGUCCAGGGAUCUCUGACAAACUGAUUGCACACAUGGUGGACCGUGUCCAAAGAUUCUCACACAGCAGGAAUCACCUGACUUCUGCACGCUGACGAGCCUGUAAUUCACUAAAGAGGGGUGAUGUUUCCUGGCCCCAUAACUACAUAACUGUAUCUCGAAUCCACCACCAUCUGCUGUUGGAUGUUAACAUUGUGCUAUGGAUUCUCAAACAUUUCAGAGCCUUCAUCUGUGUAUGUCAUGACCAUCCAGAAGGGGAUUUGGCAACACACGUGUCACAUGACUUCCUUGCAGAGCCCUAGAGGGGUAGUUUCUACAGUAUAUUUUAUGAAGGUUAAUUAUAUCAAAUUUCUCUCAGGUCAGACCUUGUUUAAAAGAAAAAUCCUGACUGCUGGAAAAAUGGGAAUUCUUAGACAUGAGGCAUUUCAAAAGGGAGGUCUGUGGCAGCUUGUGGUGCUGACCAAAGGCAAAGCUCAUGGCUACGUUCAUUGGCAUUCAUGUUGGUGCUGCUCAAGAGAAGUUUGCUCAAAUUGCCUCUUCAGCUAACAGGGCAAGAAGAUGUCUACCAAGCACUUCCUGAGGUGUUGCCUCUUAUCUGCUUCCCCCUUUGUGAGGUAGGUCUGGCUGACUGCUGCUGUACUUUAUACUAGCCCUUGUUUCUGCGUCUAUAGGUUGAGGAAGAUGUGGUCCUGUUGUAGCAAACCCUCUUGCUGCCCCUUGAGAGUGAAAAUUAUGUAUCUUGGCUGCACUCUCUCCUUGGCAGAGUAUUUGAAGUGGACAUUAUGUACUUGCUAAAGGAGUGAAAAAGGAUGUGAAUCUACCCAAACUCUUCUAUCUGCCGCUCUGUGAAACCUGACAAGGGUUUCAGUUAAAGUGAAGCAUUUGGUGCCAACCGAUGGGAAAUAUCCCAACUGAUAUCUCCCAAACGUCAUCUUGCUUCUUUCCUCAGCUAUUCACUUUUCUUGGGAGUUGUCUACAACAUAAGGUGUCCAAGCGUUAAUGGGGAUUAUCUCUUGUUCUGGCUUAGGCAUUGUCCGGUCUGCCUUAUGCAUUUGAACAGACUCAAAAUAGUUCUUCCUCUUUAGUAUUAAGGUAGCAAUUUAAGAGCAGCAGCACAACUUGGAAGCGGUCAUUCUGCAAUGUAGUUUUUUUCUCUAUGUAAGGCCGUUUGGCUGUGGACUGCAAUGGAUGUCUUCUGCUGAGAAAGGCAUUGGCAUUUUUUAUGUAAGCCCUUCUAUGCACUGUUGGAGGAAAGUGAAUAAAAGUGCUCUAGUCUUGGUCCCUGUACGGCAUAUAAGAAUAGUAUUAGAACAGCCACAGUCUUGCUUACAGGUAGCUAAGCAGGGAACAUGGGUAUGAAUGUGAACACAGAAUUUGUACAUAAGUACACCCAUCCAUUUUUGUUGACCAUUAUCUUUCAGGAGGACUGUUGUAGAUAUGCAGACACCUGCCUGCCCUGUGAAGCUGCUACUUUGUGCUAUUCAUAAAUGGUACCUUGCAUUAGCUCACACAAAUGUCACUGGUUAAACUCUCGCUGUCUCCAGUGGUCAGUGUUUUAGUUUUUCACAUGAGCAAUGAGAGAGGGAUCUGCCACUUCCAAUAAAUUAUCAAGAAAAA